AUGGCGUCUUCAGAGACCGUCGCCUACACUGUCGUUGCUCCUGACCCGAGCAGCGAUGGUAUCGAGCUGUCAACCCAGGAUCUGCGCAACAACCUUCAGCGUGGCUCCGACGAGGUCAAGCUCGAGACGCUGCGACGCAUCAUCGUCUCGACGCUAAACGGCUCACCACAACCCAACCUGCUCAUGCCCAUCAUCCAAUAUGUCUUGCCCAGCCGCAACAAGCAGCUCAAAAAGAUGCUCCACUUCUACUGGGAGGUCUGCCCCAAGCUCGACGAGAAGGGAAAUCUCAAGCAGGAGAUGAUUCUCGUUUGCAACGCUAUCCGAAACGAUCUGCAGCACCCCAACGAAUACAUUCGAGGCUCCACACUACGCUUCUUGCAAAAGGUCAAGGAGCCCGAGCUUCUGGAGCCUCUCAUCCCCACCAUUCGCCAGUGUCUCGAGCACCGUCACAGCUAUGUCCGCAAGAACGCCGUCUUCUGCGUCUACUCGAUAUACCAGCACAACGAGAAUCUCAUCGUCGACGCGCCCGAGCUCAUGGAGACCUUCCUCGCUGCGGAAGCCGACACGACCUGCAAGCGCAACGCAUUCGUCCUUCUCUGUCACACGGCUCCCGAGCGCGCCGUUCAGUACUUCCUCGGUCUCGGCGACCAGGUCGCAUCGCAGGACGAGCUCAUGCAGCUUGCCAUCAUCGAGCUCAUCCGAAAGGACUGCCGCGGCGAGUCGCCCAACCGACCCCGCUACAUCCGUGCUGUCUCGGAGCUGCUCUCUGCACCCAGCCACUCAGUCAAGUACGAGGCUGCCAUCACCCUCACUACGCUCACACAGAAUGCUGCCGCUGUCAAGGCAACCGCCAGCGCGCUCAUCGAGCUCAUUGUCAAGGAGAGCGACAACAACGUCAAGCUCAUCGUUCUCGACCGCCUCGAUGCACUGCGAACCAAGCACGAGCACGUCAUUGACCCGCUGGUCAUGGACCUUCUCCGCGUCCUCAGCAGCCCCGACAUGGACGUUCGACGCAAAGCUCUCCGCAUCGCGCUCGAGAUGGUCUCGAGCCGCAACAUCGAAGAGGUCGUGCUCUUGCUCAAGAAGGAGUUGAUGAAGACUGUCGACACCACCUCGUCGCAGGACAAGAACCUCGAGUACCGACAGCUGCUCAUUCAGUCCAUCCACACCUGCGCCAUCAAGUUCUCCGAGGUCGCCUCCAACGUCGUGCAUGUGCUCAUGGAGUUCCUCGGCGACUCGAACAACCCAUCAGCCGUUGACGUGAUUGCGUUCGUUCGCGAGGUGGUCGAGAAGUUCCCCGACCUGCGCUCGUCGAUCGUAGACAAGCUGCUCCGCACUUUCACCGACAUCAAGUCCGGCAAGGUCUUCCGUGGUGCUCUGUGGAUCGUCGGCGAGUAUUGUGCCAGCAUCGAGGACGUCAAGGAGGCUAUGCAGCAGAUCCGCAAGGUGAUUGGCGAAGUGCCCAUCCUUGCGGCUGAGGAGCGUCUUCUCGACAACUCCACCGCGGAGGCUGACGGUGCCAGCAAGGAGGAGGCAGAUGCGGCUUCAUCGUCUUCGGCACUAGGCUCCGCAAAGCCCACUACUUCGGCCGCCAACCGUGUUCGCGCCGACGGCACGUACGCCACCGAAACCGCCUUCAGCUCCGAGGCCAACCAGGCUGCCCGUCUCGAGGCGGUCAAGAGCGCAUCCAAGCCACCUCUCCGCUCGCUCAUUCUGCUUGGCGACUUCUACACCGGCACCGUGCUCGCAUCGACGCUCACCAAGCUCGUGCUGCGCUUCGCCGAGCUCUCGUCGGACGCGGCGGCCAAGAACAGCCUGCGCGCCGAAGCGAUGCUCAUCAUGACGAGCAUCGUGCGCGUCGGCCAGUCCAAGUUUGCCGCGACGCCCAUCGACGAAGACUCGACUGAGCGCAUUCUCUCGUGCGUCGAGACGCUCGCCGCUUCCGUGCAGGACGCCGAGCCGGAGAGCAAGGAGGCCAAGCAGGUGUUCCUGCACGACACCAAGGCGGCGUACACCAAGAUGGUGGAGCACGAGCAGGCAAAAGCGGCGGAGAAGCUGGCCAAGGAGACCAAGGUGGUCAAGGUGCAGCCGGACGAUGUGAUUUCUUUCAGGCAAUUCUCGAAGAAGGCGGCGGACGAUGCGGCCGAGGAGUACGAGCGCGAGUUGACGCAGGCUACGGGAGCCGCUGAGGCUGCGAAGGACGAUUUCAUCAGCAAGCUCGCGCGUGUUGUUCAGCUGACCGGGUUCUCGGACCCGGUGUAUGCCGAGGCGUACGUCAACGUGCACCAGUUCGACAUCCUGCUCGACGUGCUGGUGGUCAACCAGACCGCGGAGACGCUGCAAAACCUCUCGAUCGAAUUCGCCACCCUCGGCGAUCUUAAGCUCGUCGAGCGUCCGUCGAACUACACCCUUGCGCCAUACUCGUACCAGUCGAUCAAGGCCACCAUCAAAGUCUCCUCCACCGAAACGGGCGUCAUCUUCGGCAACAUCAUCUACGAAGGCGCUGCGGGCACGGGAACCCAAUCCGCCGGUGACUCGAAAUGCGUCGUGCUCAACGACAUCCACAUCGACAUUAUGGACUACAUCUCGCCGGCCUACUGCAACGAAUCCCAGUUCCGCGCCAUGUGGACCGAGUUCGAGUGGGAGAACAAGGUCAACGUCAACACGACCAUCACGGAUCUGCGCGAGUAUCUGGCGCACAUUAUGAAGAGCACCAACAUGUCGUGUCUCACGCCGGAGGCGAGUUUGGCGGGCGAGUGCGGCUUCCUCAGUGCCAACAUGUAUGCGAGGAGUCUGUUCGGAGAGGAUGCACUGGCGAAUCUGAGCAUCGAACUCCUGCCCGAUGGAAAGACGAUUCAGGGUCAUGUUAGGAUCAGGAGCAAGACGCAGGGGAUUGCGUUGAGUUUGGGGGACAAGAUCACGCUCGCGCAGAAGGCGGCUAGCAAGGAUUGA